AUUAAAGACAACAUAUUAGUGUGCGUGUGAGUUAGAUGCGCCCGAGUUGACCCCGAUACCAACGUAGAUAACGAUAACACGAGAUCACGGCGGCGGCUGUUCCUCUCCACCUACCGCAAACCUGCAGGACGAGAUCUGAUCUAACAGCUGGUUGUUUCACCAGCCAUUAUAUAACUCAGCAUCAGGCCAGUGAGCGACGUCGCUUCUCCUAUCCAUUCUCCGUCCAGCUCCUCGUGGAACGACAACAAACUCUCGGCUAACAGCUAGCCAAGCUGACGCCAAGCCGAAUCGUUCGGCAGCUAGCUAGCUUGGCUCCAGUUGACGCUCGCAAAGUGUCUGCCGGCCUUAGAAAGAAGUGGACCCUCUCAUGGUGGUCUCAGUUCAAUGGGGAACUGCCUGUUUUCGCAAGGCGCGGAUGACCUGUCGCUGCUGAACGAGUCCGAAGGGGGCAGUCUGCCCGGAGAGCCUCCGCCGCCAUACCAGGAGCGCACACAGCCAGUGCCAGUGUACCAUCCCACCCCAGGCGAGAGUCGUCUGGCCAGCCAGCUGACAGAGGAGGAGCAGGUCCGCAUUGCCCAGCGCAUCGGUCUCAUCCAGCACCUGCCCAGAGGCAUCUUCGACCCGGGCUCUGACCCCUCUGACAAGAAAGUUAAAGAGUGUGUGAUCUGCAUGAUGGAUUUUGAGUAUGGCGAUCCCAUUCGGUUCCUUCCCUGCCUUCACAUCUACCACGUGGAUUGCAUUGACCCCUGGCUGAUGCGCUCCUUCACCUGCCCCUCCUGCAUGGAGCCGGUAGACGCAGCCUUGCUGUCCACUUACGAAACCAACUGAGCAGCCCCAGGUGGCUGCUCCUGCCUACAAGUAACUGCACCUUUUUUCUUUUUAGCCAAAACUGUCCUAGCUGUUCAGACAGGUAGCCAAGGUGAUGUGGCAUUAUGCACAUGUUUGGAGGGUGUUUUUAGGAUGCAGACAGAUGUUGAAAGCUGUGCCCUACAGUACAUUGUACAGUACAGGUCUGACUCUUUGCCUUUAAUAGUAGGACAAUGUGCCAAAUCAAGCUAGAUGAAGAAUAUGGAAAGCUGUCCAAGUAGCAAAAUAUUACUGCAAAGUAAUUUCACUUUUCUAUGACUGACAGUCAAUUUUCAUUUGUGAUUUUUUUAUGGUACUUAAAUGCAUGUCACCAAUGUCAUUUACUUCCCCUUUCAAGACAUAAUGUGCAAUAUGUAAUAUCAAAGGAGAAAAUGCAGGAAAUUUGUCUUGAUCAAGUGGACAGCAUUGUUUGUCAGAAUUGACCGUGUAAACAUGAAGUGAAGUUACUGUGUUUUUCAGAUGUACCCAUGGCCUUGAAUGUCACAAAAACACAGGCAUCUCUGCUGAAAUGCAAAUCAUCAAAAUACAGAAAAAUAACAAAAAAAUUUCUGAACAAAGAUAUGCGAAGACGUCCCAUGAUCAUUCAGCUUUUGAAGAUAUCUGAAGAUUGAUUCUGUUUUCUUAACUAGUGUUUGUUGUCUGGCCGUUUUUCCUUUGAAGCUGCUUUUAUAAAUCCGGAUCUGUUUUUGCCUUUCCAAAAUAUGGAUCCUCUCCUUAGCUUUGCCUCGGGUUUGUGCUCCUAGUUUUGUGUUUAAAAAAACAGUCCUCAAUGUGUCCUUUUCAUUGUUUACUCUCAGUGACAUUUACAAAGACAAGAUAUGCUGUGCAGUCCCUCUUAAAGCACCUUGGGGUACCCCUCAUCUGGCACUCUGUAGCUUAUAGAUUUCAUAGAUGAUUGUGUGUUUUGAUAUAUGUGUGAGUGUGUAAAUGUGUGUUUUUUUAGGGGAUGGUGGGUAGAGAUUUGGCAUGUUGAGGAAAUGUUGUGAAUUAACCCUGUUGGUUGAAAACCAUGUUGUAGUUACCUCUACUACUUAUUGUAGUUGGAAGCUGUUGGAUUUUGUUUGGGUUGAUGGCUUUCUUACAGCAGGGGUGAUGCAUUUCCAGAACUCCUGGGUCUGGUCAAACAAAAUUCUUCUAUCUUUUGGUAUUAGACGUGUACUCUCUGAUACUGACUUCAUAAUGUAUAGCACAAACAAGUAAAAUGGUGAGAGAGAAGCUACAACAGUAGAAAGGAAUGUAUCUUGAAUGUAAAGUAUUAUUUCAGCUUUUAAAUAUUUGGACAGUAUAAGUGACAAUAAGAAGACAUUUCUGAUUUACUCAGGCUUCUGUGCCUUUUAAGGUUGAGGUAAGCCAAUUUCCAGUGAAGUACAAUCAUUUCUGACAGGACUUUUGUUUUUCCUUUAGUUGUCCUCUAGAGGGAGGCAGAUACCAGCACUGUACUGAUUUGUGUCACUGUCAAACAGGCCUGGGAUGAAAUCAGACGUUUACUUUGGCUGCUGUUAACAAUCAUUUUGUGUUUUAAUUUAUAAUGUGUGCUGCCAGUGCACAGGUUUUAGGAAAAUCAUGAAACACAAUAAAAGUGAAUACCAAAUUUUACAA